AUGGCCCCGUGGUUGCAGAGGGUGCCCUUCAAGGCUCCAAGUUGGACAUCCAAGUUGAAGGCGCCGCCCACGCGCGUGCUGCUGGCCAAUUUGCCAACGCCAUUGAUGCCUUGGUCGUGCCCGCUGCUUCAAGAUUUAUCAGUUCGAUGGUCCCUGAAGCGCGAUGACCUUUGCGGACUGGAACUCAGUGGCAACAAGACGCGAAAGUUGGAAUUCUUGCUGGCCGAGGCUUUGGACAAGGGGCAUGACUGUGUUGUCACCGUUGGAGGCUUGCAAUCCAAUCACUGCCGGGCCACCGCCGUGGCGGCGCGCAUGGUGAAUUUGGAGUCACAUCUGGUGUUGUUGGUAAAGGAUCAGAUGCUGGAGCAAGAUCCAGGUUUGGAGGGCAAUCUGCUGCUGAGUCGCCUGACGGAUGCCACGCUCCACCUCUGCGCCGCCUCCACGUAUCGGUCCUUGGGGGGCGAUCUGCAGGCGGCGGAUCGCUUGAAUGAAGAGAUGGCGCAGCAACUGAGAAGACAGGGGAAAAAUCCCUAUGUCAUCCCAGUGGGCGGCACGUGUCCUCUUGGCACUUGGGGCUAUCUCUCAGCUGUGGACGAGUUGCAGGAACAGCUCUCUCCGGAAGAUCCAGUUGAUCACAUCGUCGUGGCGGCGGGUUCCGGUGGAACUUUGGCCGGCCUGGCACUGGCCUUACACUUGGCUGGAGGAAAGCAACAGCUGCAUGGCGUCAACAUCCAGCACGAGCCUGACGUCUACCGCAAGCUGAUCGCUUCCGAAGCGAUGGGCUUGGGAUGUGACGAGACCUUGGCGAGCGCCGUGGCGGGCGAAGUCCAGCUGCUGUCGGGCGCAGGCCUGGGCUACGCGCAGAGUUCGCAGCUGGAACUGCGAUGCCUGGCCGAGGUGGCCAAGGUCUCAGGAGUUGUCCUAGAUCAUGUUUAUGCUGGCAAAGCACUGUAUCACUUCUGCGAAUACGCCAAAGCAAAUCCUGAUGCGUUUCGCAACUCUCACAUUCUCUUUUGGCACACAGGAGGUCUCUUUGGCCUCUACAGCCAAGCUGAACGUCUGCAGUCCCUGCCCAAGCGGGUCUCGAGCUUCCAGCCUACGCAGCCACAGCCCAAAGUUGGCGAGCGAGAAAACACAGGGCCGGAGGGACUCGGAUAG